CGUGAGUAAACAGCUGCCGUUUCGAUAAGAAAUGAAGAAACCUUUCAUUAUGUAAUGUUCUCUGUUCGGUGGCUAAACGUUCUAGGAAUACCUGGAAAUGUGGAAAGCAGCGCAAUUGAUUGUGUUUGCUCUGAUAUUUGAUCAGGGACAAUCAGCAAUUGACGAUGUGUUCCGACAAGUAAUGGAGAAAAAUGACGGUAAAAAAUAUUCAGACAUGAUGAGGAGUUUACCAUCUGGGGCACAAGCACUUAUUGAUGCAAAUGUAGUGCAGUCAGACUGGUGUCGAUAUAAAAUGAAGGACAGCAACAGAAGGCUGGUUAAGCUAAAUUACGAUAUGGUGAUUGACGAGAGAACAUAUUUUCAGUUGCCGAUCGUUUUACACGAGAUUGGUCACGCCAUUGGUCUGUACCAUGAGCAAAUGAGGGCAGACCGGGACAAUUACCUCACUGUAAAUUAUGAAUACAUUAACCCGGAAAACCACAAGGAAUUUGACAAACUCCCCGCGGGCGAAUAUCUCGAUUUUAACAAGUCGUAUGACUAUCGAAGCAUAAUGCAUUACGGAAAACGUUUUUUCGCCAACCCAAGCGAUGCUAUUUCAAUGGAACCGAUUGAUAAAACGUACUUGGAUAUUAUUGGAGAAGCACAACACCUCAGCUUCCAUGAUGUGCAAAUUGUGAACGCCAUGUAUAAAUGCUCAGAAAAGUGUACUAACGUAGAAUGCCCGAAGGAUGCAUUUGUGGGGAAAAACUGCGAAUGCUUCUGUCAAGGACCUCUAAAAGAACCUGUCCGACGAUGCAAUGACGUGUUCUGUAAAGCCCCGGAUAUUGACUUAUCCAAAAACGGGGUUUACUCAAGCGAAUAUGAAAUACUGAAGAAUUUGUCUGGUAUGCGGUACCCGGACGGAACUGUUCUCAAUGUGGAGAAUCCCCGUUGCUCCGAAAAUGGGACCGACACAUAUACUUGUCAAAGCGACCAAUGGGUUGUGGAUGUUAAUUGCAAACCAGAUCGCUGUGUGUACAACACGUCCCGAUAUGACUUCAAACCGAACAUUACUGCGAACGGAUAUGACCAAACCCCGGAUUACGUAAACUCGGGAACAAUCGUACAUGCAGAGUGCAUCGAACCAAAAGGUAUCCAAGGUUAUAAUUCUACUUGCACAGAUUCCAAUUGGGUUCCAGAAUUGCCGAAUUGCGAUGCAGAAGUUCGUGCUGAGUUGGUUGAUGGACCCAAUAAAUAUUCUGGGCGUGUAGAAAUAAUUAUUGGGAAACAUCGCGGUACCGUAUGUGAUGAUUCGUGGGACAACAAGGAUGCAUCAGUCAUUUGCAGAAUGCUUGGAUACGGUAAUGGGACAGCCUUAAGCCCGGCCUACUUCGGUCAAGGCAGUUCGAGUAUCCUUUUUGAUGACGUGCAGUGUAAUGGUACCGAAACAUCUAUCAUGUCGUGUCGCCAUUCCGGUGUUGGAAUUCAUAACUGUGGUCACCAUGAGGAUGCCGGAGUUAAAUGUACCCCUAAAUGUGGCAAACAUCAAUCUACAGGACAAUACCCCUGGAAAGUGCGUGUGCAAAUACAACGCGAGAAGGCAGUAUCGAUUUGUGGCGGAACCAUCAUUGAUCAACGUUGGAUUCUCAGCACAGCACAUUGUUUUGCAGACAAUGAGACGCUUGGUGCCGUAACAGGCGUCAUUGUGCACGUUGGAUCUCAAGACUUAUCUCGACAGGUGUUAAAAUUCAGACCUGAUCAGAUAAUAUUCCAUCCAAGCUUCAAUUCAACCAGUUAUGAUUAUGACCUUGCACUCUUGCUGAUGAAUGAUAAAAUUGUCAACGAGGAAGUUCAGCAAGCCUGUUUGCCGGAUGAAAGUAUUCUUUACAAUCUUACGGGGCUUAGAUGCCACGUCUCUGGAUGGGCAUUUGACCAAGGAAUUGCGACGGUGCCAUUAGGAGCUGAGGCAGCCAUCAUUGAAGAUGAACUAUGCGUAAAUUUUCACAAAUGUGCUGCUGAGUUAGAGCAUGGUGUUAACGAUUGUAAAAGGGACUCUGCUGGAUCACUGGUUUGUAACAUCGGAGGCCUAUUCUACUUAAUAGGGGCUGCUUCAUUUGGAAAUAAAUGUGGCGAAAAAGGACAUCCGGGUGUUUAUACCAGGGUUACGGCGAUGCUGCCUUGGAUUACAACGAUGCAAAGAUGUAUGUCACCUGACAAGAUUUGUAACCAUGUGAAAGACUGCCCCGGCAAUGAAGAUGAAAAGGGAUGUGAGGCAAGAGUACAGUUGGUUAAUGGUCCUAAUAAAAGAUCUGGACGUGUAGAAAUUAUUAUCGGUACUGAACGAGGUACUGUGUGUGACGAUAAUUGGGACGACAACGACGCCAAAGUCAUCUGCAAAAUGCUCGGAUAUGAUGGUGGGAAAGCGCUGAAUGAAUCCCACUUUGGUCAAGGCAGUUCGAGUAUACUUCUGGAUGAGGUACAUUGUGACGGAACCGAAUCAUCCAUCAUGGCAUGUCGCCAUUCGGGUAUUGGGUUUCAUAACUGUGGGCACCAUGAAGAUGCAUCAGUUGUAUGCAGCACAAAAUGUGGUCGUCGACCUCUGGAACAUUAUUCAAGAAAGAAACGUAUAGCUGGAGGGGAAAAUGCAGAAAAGGGCUUCUAUCCAUGGCAUGCUGGAGUUCGCAUGGAGAUCAUCAGCAGGAGAUCAUCGCAUUUGUGUGGAGGAAUAAUUUUGAACGACCGUUGGAUCCUUAGCGCAGCAAACUGUUUUCGGAACAUACGCAAAGAUGACAUUAUGGUUUAUACCGGUGACCACGACCUUUUGGAAAAGGAUACCUUUGAAGAACAGUUUGAGUUGGAGCACCUUAUUAAACAUCCUAAUUAUAACGAUUCUUCUUAUGAUUUUGACAUUGCCCUGAUGAAGGUGAAACUAAACAAUGGGUAUGGCAUACAGUUUAAUGAUGAAGUACAGCCAGCGUGUCUGCCGGAUGCUAGCAUGUAUUACGAGACUGGGCUCACAUGCCACAUCUCUGGAUGGGGUGUAUGCGAGGACAAAAUCAGAAAUUGUGCUGCUUAUAAAGAGUCCAUUUGCCCAGAACCGUACUGUGCAAAGACUUGCGGGCUAUGUUCAGGUCAGACUGUGCUUAGCGCAGCAGAAGGUCGUUUAAUUGAUGAUGAUGACUGCAAAAGAACACACGGUACAGGGAUAACUCCGAACAUGGUGUGUGCCGGUUAUAUGGAAGGAGGCAUCGAUGCAUGUGCUGGAGACUCAGGCGGACCUCUGGUGUGCAGCGUUGAGGGUCUUUACUACGUGAUGGGCGUAAUAUCAUGGGGAUCAGAAUGUGCUUUACCAGGAUACCCAACUGUCUAUGCAAAGGUGGCGGCUUUUCAGUCCUGGAUUGAGACCACGAUUGCGUCGUAUCCAUAAAUAAAAAACGUCUUCUGCAAAGUGGCUGUACAGCAUUAGUUCUAUUUGAAGACAGAAUGUUCAUAUUGUAACAAAUAUGAAUUAGGUGAUUGCAGAAGCUUAUUUCAGUGUU